AUGCAGGUUAUACAGAAAGACCUCCUGGAUCAUCCAGGACUCAACCCAUGGACCUUCUUGCUUCAUUACUACACGACACCCAUCCAGCCCUCCCAUCCGAGCCAUAUAAAACCAACAACUGACGCCUCCAGUCUUAAUAGAUCGUCCUCAGUGAGCCUUGACUUGACUGAACUAAGAAACAAAGUUGCAAAGAUCAAAGUUAACCCGAGAGGAAAUUUAUGGGCAACAGGUCAUUUUAUGGGGAAGAAAAGUGUUGUGGACAGCGGACAGUUGCCGACCGAGGAUGACUCCACGAUGAAAGCCAUCGAGGCUGCACUGAAUCCCCAGCAGUUCGAGCCCGCGGACCUCUACCAGGAGAAGCUGAGGAUCGCGCUUCAAACGCACCUCGACUCUCAGGAGAUCCGCCCUAAAGUUCCGGAGACUGCAAUAUUAAUGAAGAUAUUAGGCAGCUACAUCCAAGACAAUAAAAAAUGAUGACUGACAUCGGCUGAGAUCUUCGAAGUGUUUAAUUCACAUGGAAUUUGUAAUUGCUUUUUCAUCAGCUGUAAUUUGUUUCUUAACUAAACCUAUUAACCAUCUCCAUGUCACAAGAAAUGCAACAAGUUAUACUUGUAUAUUUAUUUUUAGAAG